GUGUAAGUGGGGAGUUCGCGAACAAUCGUGCGUGUCUGGUUGUAAGUUCUCGGGGGAAGUGUGUGUUCUGUAUUGACAGUUCGGUCAUCGUCCUCAGUCUGCCCGUCGUAGUGUCAAAAAAGAAACUCGCGUACUGUUUUUUUAUCCAUUGAGAACUUAAUUUUGCCUCUGGUCCCCCUCCACCUCUUUUCUUUCUUAUCGCUUGAUCUCGACGGCACCAACUGCUUUUCCGCUUGAAUAGAAAAGGACGCCUAAUCACCGCGAGCGAUAGCGAUAACGAGGUUCUGCCGAGAAAAACAAAGAAUCGAUUCUGCAUACCACCUAACCUUUUGUAAAAGUUCUCGUGAGUGUUAAUUUGAUGGUUAUUGGGUGUAAGAACCGGAAAGAGAGUGACACACUUUUCGUCAGAUCUAGGAUUCAAGGGUGAUUGGAUCGACUCCAUGAUUCUCGCUGUUUCAUGAAAAAUGCAAGAGCUGUAUUUGUUGUAGAGAACAGAGUUCGAAUCUUCAUUGAGAAAGUGCACUUUUCGUUGAAAUUGAAAAAUCCUUGAAGAGCAUCACUGAAGUCGUUGCUUGUGAAUCGUGUUCGAAAGCGAAAAAAGGAAAGAAAAAUUGUGGCGGGGCAAAGGCAGGAAGACGUCGAUCGUUCAGACCAAGGUAUAAAACAAACCCUACAACCUAGAAGAUCAAUAAUGUUAAUUCAAAAAAAGAAUGGAUAAUGACGUAGCGUGGAGGGUUCCGGUAGAAGCAGAGUCGACAUCGGUCGUGGUUUCCCGGCGGUGGUUAUUGAGUUCUUCCCGGUUGUGUUUGUCUCGCCUGGGGUUGAAGAAGGUUUCGGAAAUUUCGGGGUCAGUCCUCGUUGGGAGCGGCAGGAGUGCCAGGGUGGCGAUGCGACGAUGAGCCCGUCGAAGGAGGGGCAGUACGUCACCCGACCACCCCCUGAAGAAGCACGUCCCGUAGCCAGGCCAGGUUUCUCCAAACCAGAAAAUCUAAAAGGUGCGACCUUGAUCGACCAAAACACUGUCCAUCUUGGCCAUGGACCACGAGAACAGAAACGGAACGGGCAGCAACGAAGCCGACGAGGAAUUCAUCAAUAUUCACUUUACCAUCGGAGACCGCAAAGAAAUCGCCAGUUUUCGACCCGACCAAGUCACUAACAAAGAACUCAAGGAACUCUUUAGAAACGCGGCAGAGGCCGGACCUCUUGACAUCGUGAAGCUUCGAAAAGGAGAAAAAAUCUUGAACAUUUCACCGCAUCUGCCGGCGAAUACGCCUGAAGAUCCCUACGUCCUGCAGGUAACGAUGCACGUGCCUGAUGUUUCGGGUGGAACCUUCAUCUCUUCUUCCACUACUUUCAAGGUCGUUGGAGCGCAUCCUGGCUCUUCCGGAAUGAUUGAAGCGGAUGUGUUACGUGCCCUGGAAAGGCGAGUCUCGGCCUUGGAACGAGAUUUACGAGAGCACCAGGAAGCAGCCGUAUCGGAACCUUGUAAAGCACUCGACGAACUCCGGGCACAAUUUGAAGCUUUUAAAAAGAAGUUGGAAACCACCGAACAUCUUAGUUGGUUAGGCUUCUACAAGCAACUUCCGGAACCGAUUUCAUCGGAAGCUUGUCGCAGAUUGCAAUACCGACGUAAAAGCGACAGUGUGAAGCGCAAAGUACGAGAAAAAUUCCUCAAUAUCUGCGACGUAGCGGUUUCGUCCAGCGUUCGAGAAUGGUUACGUUCACCGUCCUUCGAUGCGCGACAAUGGGAAGAUGAAGAAUUACUAUUAAUGCUACAAACGAUGUUUGUAGAACUGGAGAUACUUCAAAAAUUCAAUAUUUCUUUAUCGACUUUACGGAAUUUUCUUUAUGAAGUUUACAACAAUUACAACGAGGUGCCUUUUCACAACUUCAGGCAUUGCUUUUGCGUUGCACAAAUGAUGUAUGCAAUCGCCUGGGCAGUGGAGUUGCCUUCGAAAAUUGGCCACCUUGAGGUUUUGGUUUUGAUCGUAUCUUGCAUCUGCCAUGACCUCGAUCAUCCUGGAUACAACAACAUUUAUCAGAUAAAUGCACGUACAGAAUUGGCGUUGCGUUACAACGACAUCUCGCCCCUAGAGAAUCAUCAUUGCUCGGUGGCCUUUCGCGUCCUCGAGGCUCCGGAAUGCAACAUCCUGGCGUCCUUGGACCCGACGACCUACAGGACUGUCAGGGAGGGUAUCAUAAGGUGCAUCCUCGCCACGGACAUGGCCAGGCACAACGAGAUUCUCGCCCAGUUCACUGACGCCGUACCGGAAUUUGAUUACACCAACAAAGCGCAUAUCAAUUUGCUCUCGAUGAUUCUGAUCAAAGUUUCCGAUAUUAGCAACGAGGCACGACCGAUGGAUGUCGCCGAGCCUUGGCUUGAUAGUCUUCUACAGGAGUUCUUCAAACAAAGCGAUGCAGAGAAAUUGGAAGGACUUCCGGUCACACCCUUCAUGGACCGUGAUAAGGUGACCAAACCUUCGUCGCAAUGCAGUUUCAUCGGCCUGGUUCUCCUGCCUCUUUUCGAGUCUCUUGGCGAACUAUUCCCGGAACUUCAGGAACUCAUAGUAGCGCCAGUGCGGUUCGCCCUAGAGUAUUAUCGUCGGCUCAACGAAGCGGCAAAGGACGAGCGCCAUCAUCGUAAGAGCGUCGUAGAUCUUGGAGAACACGCACCGUCAGCCAUUUCCGGCGGAAAUUCUGGUUCUUCCGCAGUUGUAAAAUCCACCUCUUCCCACAGCGUUCGCUCAAAGCGAUCCGGUUGCACCAUUCACUCCCGAUCAAGGUCCACAGAUGAAGACGGAAUGGAGAACCUCACAAUCGAAGAGGCAGAUAAUCUCGAAAGUUCGGAUCCAGAAACCGCAACGGAAGUCGAAAUCAGCGAGAAGACCCUUAAAUUCAAAAUAUCCACAGAAGGGACGAUAUCAGCCUCUUCAGCUGGUAGAAAAAGUUACCCAGGAAGUCGAAAAGGCAGUAGAGAAAAAUCUUCCUUAGACUACCACAACCACGAGUUCGCCAAAGCAAUGAGAGAACAUGACAGAAGACGAAGUAAAGGAGAAAAUUUGAGCAGCGACAUGAGCUCUCCCAUCAGUGUAAAAUCAAGUGAGGAGCCCAGAAUCCUCGAAGAACUUGAGAGGAAUGAACUGUUAUUGAUAGAAUCCAUGAUCUCUAGAAGAAGAAACGAGGGAAAUGGGAAUGUUUCUGUAGGAACAGUUCCACAGAAGAAUAAUGUUAACAAGAGAUCAAUCAGCAUUGACAGUGAUCCGGAAAUUGGAACAAAUUCCAGAGAAAUUGUGAAAGAGGUUCGCUGCUGUUGCUGUGAAGACAAAUCCAGUUCCAAUAACCACAAGUCUUUGUUCUCGAGAUUGAGAAACCUAACAGAUCGAUUGAGCAUCAGCUUCGAUACCAAGGAACCUCCCAUAUCCAAACCAAUAAAGCUUCCAACUUCCAAAGGACUCAACAAGAGUAAUUCAAUCAGCAGCAGCUCAUCUUCCACGAUAAGAUGUAACAAUGUUAAUGCAGUUUGUAAAAAAUGCAAUCUCUCUAAAUCUAAUAAGGAAGAUAGAGAAAAUAUUGUGGAUCUUUCGAGCGGUGAUAAGAAGUCAAUGACUUUUCCGAAAGCCAGAAAAUUUCAAGACUGCAGGAACAAAAGCUGGAAAACUGUCUUCGCCAAGGAAAAGAGACCUUCCGUUUCCUUAGAGACAUUACCAGCGAGUGAUCUAGAAUCUUCUCUUCCAAAGCACAGGAGGAAUCUCUCCAAUCCUGAAGGAAAAAUUGGCUUGGCGAAAAGCCAAAGCCCAACUAAGGAAAUAGAGCAGAAGAUUAGUUUUCGGCAGUUUAGGGAAAUCGAUGUCAGACCCAAGAAACCGGAAGUUCACGUGGAUCAAGUGAAUCCUGGUAGUUCUACUGAUGUUGGCGGAGAUUUAGGAAAAGUGGAGAUCAGACGCAGUUCUGCUAGCAUGGAAGACAUAUCGAAAAUCACGAAGCAGAAUGAAACAACAAUAUUGAGUUUGCUGGAGCAGAAAAAGAUUGAGGAACAAUAUAUGGGAAGUCUGGAUUCGAUGCUCUGCAAGGAGUCGAUAACGACUUGUGCGAAAAAACCAAUCGCUUAUUCGUCUCCAGCUUCUACGAAGAAAUCAUCUCCGGGGUUGUUUUCUCGCUUUAAGACCGGGAUGAGUAUUGACGGGACAAGAAGCAGCAGCAACAGUGGCUCUCUUCACGAUCAACCCUCUCAACAAAGCGGAUGGAUCUCUUCACUGACUGCCAGUUUUCGCCCCAAAAAGCAAAUUAAUGAGCCAACCACGUCUUCUCAUCCUUCCCUUUCCCCUAGCAAUGAAUAAUUUUCCAACCUUCAUUUCGCGACCACGUCUUCAGCUUUUUGAUCACGUAUUUUAGCCGAUAGUUGGAUUUUUUAAAUUUUUCAAGCAUUUUUAUAUUUUGAAGUGAGCUAAAAUUACAUUAAUAAUUCCCGUAGCAGAUCGUGUCCAUGGACAAAUUAAGGGCAUAUGAUACUUAGAAAAUUGUCGAUUUUACCAGUUUCAGAUUCCCCUGGCUUUUUUUCUAGAAUAAUAAAUAUUUUGUCUUAAAAAUUUGGGAAAUGA